CCGUUAACCCAUCACAACACUCGUAUGUAUCUUCUCCACAACAACAACAAAAACUUUUAUCUACCUUCCUCUUUUCCAUUUUCUCAAAUUAAUCGUCGAUUUCACUGUUUUUUCCCCUCUAUCCAAAAAUUAGGGUUUUUCUUCGCUUUUCCCCCACUCCUCAAUCCUCAAAUUCCAGCUCAUCUUCCUCCUCCUCUCCCCCUAGGGUUUGCAGAUCUGAAAUCACUCACAAUUCAUCAUGUUUUGGCACCUCACAGCUCUCUCUGCUUCUUCACCGAUUGAGUCUAUCCUGGACAAGGAAGGUUUCGCAUUGGAAGAGCUCUUGGAUGAGGAAGAUAUUAUUCAAGAAUGCAAAGCUUUGAAUAGUCGUCUCAUUAACUUCUUGCGGGACAGAGCUCAGGUUGAACAAUUACUGAGAUACAUCAUAGAGGAGCCUCAGGAGGAUGCUGAUAGCAAACGUAUAUUCAAGUUCCCUUUCAUUGCUUGUGAGAUCUUUACAUGCGAAAUUGAUGUCAUCUUUAAAACUUUAGUGGAAGAAGAGGAGCUGAUGAAUUUACUUUUCUCAUUUCUGGAACCAAAUCGUUCUCAUAGCGCCUUGCUGGCUGGGUACUUCAGUAAGGUUGUGAUAUGUCUCAUGUUGCGGAAGACGGUUCCACUUAUGAAUUAUGUUCAAGUCCAUCAACAUGUUUUUCAACAGCUGGUUGAUUUGAUCGGAAUUACAUCAAUCAUGGAGGUAUUGGUAAGACUUGUUGGUGCUGAUGAUCAUAUGUAUUCCGAUUCGGUGGAUGUGAUGCAGUGGUUAACAGAUAGCAGCCUGUUGGAAAUGAUUGUGGAUAAAUUGAGCCCAUCAAGCACUCCUGAAGUACAUGCUAAUGCAGCAGAAACGUUAUGUACUAUAACUAGAAACAUGUCAUCUCCACUUGCCUCUAAACUUUCUACCCCAAGUUUUGUUUCAAGGAUUUUCGGCCACGUGUUGGAUGAUUCACAUUCGAAAUCUGGACUCGUUAGCUCACUGUGUGUUUGUAUAUCUUUGUUGGAUCCAAAAAGAUCAGCUCCUUCACCCCCCUUUUAUUCUUUUCGAGGUCAACACAUAUACGAGUCACCUGUGAAAGUCAACCAGGAGACUGUAGGCGCAAUGCUACCCAAACUUGGUGACUUGUUGAUGCUAUUGAAUGUGUCACUAGAUGACAAAAUCUUGCCAACAACAUAUGGCCAGUUGAAGCCACCUCUAGGCAAGCACCGUUUAAAGAUUGUGGAGUUCAUUGCAGUUUUAUUGAAAACUGGGAAUGAAAUUGCAGAGACGGAAUUAAUCAGCUCUGGAACUAUACAAAGAGUUAUCGACCUUUUCUUUGAGUACCCAUAUAAUAGUGCAUUGCAUCAUCACAUCGAGAGUAUAAUAUACUCCUGCUUAGAAAGCACAAAUAAUACCAUCAUUGAUCAUCUGUUUCAAGGAUGCGAUUUGCUGACCAAGAUUCUUCAGACAGAUAAUAAUCCCGUUCUUUCUGAAGAACCUAAUCAGCCUACAUUACUGGCUACUGGAAGAAAGGCGCCCCGACUUGGGAACCUUGGACAUAUUACACGUAUUGCCAAUAAAAUCAUGCAGUUGGCGAAUACUGAUAGUCGCAUUCAGAUACAUAUUCAGGGAAAUAACGAAUGGAACGAAUGGCAGUCUACAGCUCUACAAGAGCGGAAUAUGGUUGAAAACGUGUACCGAUGGGUUUGUGGUCGACCAACUUCAAUACAUGAUAGAAAUAGGGAUAGCGAUGAAGAUGACAUUAAUCAUGACAGAGAUUAUGAUGUUGCUGCUCUAGCAAAUAAUCUAAGCCAGGCAUUUAGAUACAAUGUUUACGAUAAUGAUGAAACUGUAGAGGGGCGUGAAACUCUUGGUCAAGGUGAUGAGGAGGGUUACAUAGAUGAUGAAUCUGCUGAAGUAGUCAUAUCAUCCCUGAGGUUGGGUGAUGACCAAGGCAGUUUGUUUACAAAUUCAAACUGGUUCGCUUUCCAAGACGAUAAAAUGGAGGAUGCACCGAUGACGGCCACAUCACCAACUGAAAUCAUGGACGAGAUCAACUUGAAUGAAUCUUCCACUGGUAAAGACGAUGACGUGGUAGUUGGCUUGGAUGAAGAAUUUCUCGAUAGCAAAAGUUCCAAUUCUACCCCUAAUCGAAGCCCAAACCCGUUCAGUGAAGAUUACGUAGCAAAUGAAAAAACGACCGCAUCAGAUACCGACUUUUUCAGAUUCGAGUCAACGGACAAUGAAGACCUUUUCGCAGAUAGACCGCCCGAAUGGGUAGGCUGGAACGAACCCAUUGUCGGGUCAGGAGUCAACCCGUUUGAAGAUUACGAUAACACCCCUAAUCUCGACAUAGAGACACCGGUGGCGGUGGAACCAGAACCAUCUCUACCAAACGGGACAACCGCAAAAGACAACACGGCGCCUUCGUUGUUUGAAGAAGACGUGGAAUUUGUCGGCGUGGAGUUGGACGGUUCGGAAAAGGCGAUGGACAAAGCGUUAAAAGAGGGAAUUGUCGGGGAAGCAGGCGCCCUGAAAAGAAAGGUGACACCUAGUGAAGGUGAAAAGGAGAACGAUAACGACUCUAAGGAGUUUAACGACAGUAAUUAUUGGCGGGUUGACCAGGAGAUUGCGGUUUCGGAAUGAAAACGGUGUGAUGUUUUUGUAUUAAAGUCGUGUACAGUGAAGUGAAGUAUAAUUUUGUUGAAAUGGACAUAGUUGUGUAGGUUUUGUUUGAAAUGUUGACUUUAUUAUUAUUAUUAUUAUUAUUGUUGACUUUCUAUUGUUGUUCAGGGUCUUGUGUCUAGUUACAGUUGACUGAUUAUGGGAAGGUUUGAUUCCUUCCUUUGUAACAAUUUAUAUUUUUGGUCAUAAAUGUUGUCAGCCUUUUCUUGUCA